AUGCGGGUCGAAACGCGUCGUGGCGUUCAGGAUGCCGUGUGUCGGCUUGGCCGAGUGCAAGUGCGCGAAAAUCCCUGUGACCCAAACCUGCACUCGCAGGACACCUUCGACCACGUGCAGCGUCGGCUGGGGCCAGUGACGAGCCUGCCCACCGGCCCGGUGAUUUUCAGUGGCGAGGCAAACUGCUGGCCCUUCGUCCACCCUUGGACUGAGCCACCUUUUAUGACUGGUGAUUACAGGCCUAACUACUCGUACCGCUACGGCGCUGGCCAUGUGCUUCGAGGCGACGAGGUAUGCGAGCACUGGCGAAAGCAUCUUGGGCAUCCCGGCAAAAUGCCGGGACAUCGCUUCGGUCGAAAUCGGACUGAGGAACUGCCCUUGUUUCUCCCCUUCCUGAACAGCGGUGUUUUCAUGGGUCGGGUAGCGAGCCUCCGAGGGCUUUUUGCCCUGGCUGCAGAGGUCCUUCGGCUCUUCGGGGAUUUUGCGGACCAGGCGCUGGUGACGUCGACUGCACUGCACGCCAGCUUGCUGGAGAGACCCUGGGUCCCUCUCUGCGUGGAUCAUACCGGAGAGCUUCUCGCUUCCCUCCACGGCGUGCAGCUUGAGGCGCUGGCGAGGCGCCUGAAGGCUCCUCCUGUCUGCAACUUUCCGGGCAGAAUGGACCAUGGCUUCUACGCCGCUGCAGCAGGGCAGCCGGGCCCUGGCGGCUCCAAGUGGAGUUCGGUUCGGCUCGAGGCCGCGCGGCGCGAAGACCGGCCGCCACCGCUGGUGGUCCACUUCAACGGCGAUAAGAAGCCGUACUUCGAAGAGAACUGUCACGACUCUGUCAGUGCAGAGGGGCAGGUCCUGGGCUCUGUGCCUGGGCAGUGCUCCCUGAUGGACACCGACCACCAAAUGGAAGCCUUCAUCACCACUCCAACUGCGACGGAGACGCGUGUGCACAUGCGGCAGGUGCCUGUGCCGGCGCUCGCGCGGACACCGCCGCAUGUGGCACGCUUGCUUGGGAUCUCGGCCAGCUUGGGCCUGAACACGGCCAGGGAGGCAGAUCUGAAACAGCAGAGUGCUUUGUGA